AUGAACCAUCCUCAGCCUGGUGUCCCUCCGCCUCCACCUUUUGGAGCAAUGGGACGUGGUGUUCCGGGCCCCCAUCCCCAUCCACAAGGAGGAGGUAGACCAGGACCGCAUCCAAAUUUUCAGGGACCUCCUCCAGGUCACCAAGCUCAUCCAGGUCACUCAGGUCACCCAGGUCAUCCAGCCCAGGGCGGUCCACCGCCUGGCGGACGUGGCCAGCCUCUGCCGCAAAUGCAAAUGCCUAUGCGACCACGAUAUGAAUCUUCCCAUGUAGUGGAUCUGAACGCCUCAGAGAAACGGCCACUUGACGAUGCAGCGUACAGAAAGUUGUUGACAACACACACGGUCUUUUCGAUUAGAAAAGUUGUACCGACUGGAAAAGAAAAAUCCACCUGGGCAAAAGCUGUGGUAACUGAAGAGGCUUUGUCACAAGAGGACAUUGUUGCACAGUUGAAAAAAUUGAAGAGCUCCCCACAAACGAUAACAGAUAAAAAAGGGGCUUUAUUUCCGAAUCAGCAAGGCCAAGUAAAUAAACUUCUGGAUCGGUUGAAAACUGAGGAAUCAGAUCAACACUUUGAUUGGUCCCUUGUCCAGCUUGAUAGAAGAGAGAGGUCUUCCAACAAAGUUAGAGAAACCGUUUUGAUCACCGUCAUAGUGAAACGUUCGCCCAGAGAUGAAGUUGAUGCCACUGCGCUUUUCACCAUCAUCGACAGACAAAAACAAGAAAAGUUAGCACACUUGACGAGGCCUCCAAUGCAACAUCAACAUCAAUCCCAAACCCAACCCCAAUCUCAACCACAACCACAACCACAACCCCAAGGCCAAGGCCAAAAUCAAUGUCAACCUCAAUUCAGACCGCAAAACGCUCCGCCCAAUCCGAAUAGCCAACCUCAAGCACCUAUAGGAAUUCCCCAUACGUCUGGCCAAAAGGGUGGCGAUCGUGGCCGAUCAAGAAGCAGAAGCAGACAAAGACCGACUCGUUAUCAGUCAGACUCGAAUUCUGAAUCCGAAUCUGAUAGCGACACGUUCUCUACAGGAGCUUCGACCAUCAGUAGUUCUUUGGUCACUAGCAUUAGUUCUCAUUCUGAUGGACGCUCAAAGAAGUAUAGUUCACGCAGUAGACGAGGUCGUAGCCAAAGUAAACGUCGUCCACGGGAGCACCACAAGAAAUAUUACGCCCACAGAAGCGAGUCACCUGAGCCAAUAUUUCAAGAAUUUCGAAGGGGUAGUCAUCCAGAAUCUCCCUAUGUCGGAGAAGCUGUCCCACUUUCCGCUCCCAAUGCCAUUGUACAAGCAUUUCAACAGGGUAGAGAAGAAGAAAGGGCUGCUGCUCAGUAUUACCUUUCUCAGUCGCACCAACCAAUCAUCAUUGAUGAGCCAUCAAGAGCUGUGGUACCUGCCGGCCGUCGCGAACUUGAAUAUGAUACCAUAGCGCCGAGAUAUCCUGCGCGUCAACAUGCAGAACUCCCAAUGAUAGAAGCUCCUCGAUAUAGAGAACAUCAAUAUUCAAGGCCCGCACCUCGAUAUCGAGAUGACCAAUACAACGAAAGACACCUCGAUGACUUAUAUGAGGAUGAUUCUCCACCUCUUACCAUCCGGAAAGUAAGAUCAGUUCCACGAGAGGCCAAUUAUAGACGUCGCUUUUCUGACGCUGAGAGCUAUAUUGAUCGAGAUUCAACCACAACAAGAAUCCCAUUCACAGGUCUUCGCCCUCAAAUCCCCCAAUUUCGCCAUCAUCCAUUCAUUCCAAGAAGUCCACCACGACAUAGAUAUGGUUCCAGUUAUAGCAGUGAUAGUGCGUACGCAAGUUGA